GGCAUUUCGUUUUGAAACAACACCACCUCAGCAGCACGCAUCAUGUUUACCGUGGGCAGUGAACAGGACCACACUGGGACACUCUGAUCCCGUUGUCCAUGUUUUCCUUCCCUCCUCCACAGCCCAGAGUGGUGGGCGGCGACGUUCCGUCUUCCCCGUCCGCAGCGGCCCCGUGCCAGCCCGGCGUAGGCGGAGGAGGCGGAGGUGGAGCUGGAGCUGCUAGCGGUAGCGGCGGUAGCGCCACGGAUGGUUCUGGAGAGCCCAGAGAGGACAACCGCGUGAGCAACACCAGCAGCAGCAGCGGCGGCGGCGGCGGCGGCCGAGUGUCCUACGCCCACGCCGCUCCUCGUGACCAGCAGGCCGCUCCGUCCACACAGCCUAGUGGCGUCCCAGGCGAGGCCCCCGAGGUGAUCUCCAGCCAGUUCCAGGGCGCGGGCCACCUGCAGCGGGUGCCCCUGGCGCUGGACACGGCCGUGUGGGCGCAGGCGCUGGGCGGCGAGGCGGCGCUGCAGGACCUGGUCCUGGACUGCCCGCUGCCGCGCACCAUGGUGGAGAUCUCCGACGACCCCGGCGACUUCCAGGACGUGGGCCUGUGGGGCGAGCAGCUGGUCCACUCCUUCCUGGCCAAGUGGCAGGCGCAAGGCCCCGCCGGGCCCACGGAGGUCACCUGGUUCAACCGGGACGGCGAGACGGGACGGCCGUGCGACUUCAAGCUCACCUUCGGCCCCGACGACGGCGGCGACGACGGCGGCGACGGGGGGGUGGCGUCGGCCAAGGUGGUCUACGUGGAGGUGAAGACCACCACCAAGCCGGACCGGCACCUGAUCCGGCUCUCGGCCAACGAGCUGGACUUUGCGCUCAAGGAGAAGGAGCGCUACCACAUCUACCGGGUCUACGGCGCCGGGGACGCCCAGAACGCCCGGCUCACGCGCAUCCAGAACCUGGCCCAGCACCUGCAUUCCAAAACACUGGAGUUGUUCUUGUUUGUGUAACAUUCCUUCCUCCCUUUUGUUUUUAGAUCAAGCGCCUUUUUAUUUUUUUAUAUUCGUUCAGUCGAAAAAUGUUUGGUUUUACCCCCUUUUUAAAAAUUGUAUCUCCUUUUUUAGAAGGAUUAAAAAGUGAGUACUUUUUUUCCUUUCUUAUGCACUGUUUAUGUGGUCAGUUUUUACACUUGAAAAAAAAUCUUGUAAUUUUAUACUUAUUUGUAAUGUAAACGUAUAUUUUCUGUCAACAGCAAUGCACAACAAUUUUGUGUAGGAGUGUUUUGAGUUGCACUGUAAUCAACUGUAACUUUAGCGUACAGUCUAUUCUGCUAUAAAGGACAGCAGCUUUGUUUAUCAGCUUAAAAUGAAGGAUUAGACUCCUAAAAGAAUUCAAUAUGUUCCAAAUGCACAGCAGUUAACUGUUUAAUAGUUUAUCAGCUUUUGACUUUUCACAGAAUCCCAAGAGAAGUGGUAGAUUUCCAGCAUCUUUUAAUCGUUUUAUUUUAUUCCAAAGCGAGGUAAAAACAAAAAAACCCACUAGUUUCUUGAAUUUUUGUCUCCUAUAAGUGAACAAGUUCUGUCUUCAGUGCAACGCUAUGAGUGUGGCAUGUCCAAUCGCCACGCUGCUCAUGGAGUGUUGGUAUUCCUGACUAAUAAAAGUCUAGUCUUGUACCCUA